AUGUCAGCGCCUCAGCGCCGUUUUCAGACCAAUGAGGAGUACGAGGAAGAGCAAUUACUGAUCGAUCUCGAGUCGGAACUUCAGCUGGUACAGACGCUCAAGUUACAAAUCCAUCAACGUGUUGAGCAGCUGCUACAGGAUCACAAGUAUUUGGAGCAGCAACAGCGACGUCUUCAACGCCAGUACGAUAGACAUGACGCCGGUGCUGCUACUGCUCGUAUGCUACAACUGCAGGAUAAAGAGCGAGAGCGACUUGCAGCGGUGCAAGCCAAGUGCGAGCGCGAGGAGGAGGAAAUGAAGGUGAAAGCGGAAAAGGCUCGACGUAAUCGAGAGCACACUAUUGAGACACAGGAUGGAGAUAUCGAGAAUCUCGAUACCUUUCUGACCGAGGACGCAGCGAAUUUCUAA